AGAGAAAUCACCAACAGAAGAAAAUCUGAACCCUCAGAAUCUAUCUUCACGAAGAAGAAAAUUCCCAUGUGAUCAAUCAUGAAAAGCUCCCCUUUUUGCCACCGAAUUCUUGCCACGGACAUCCAUGGCGGAUUUCGUCAUUUCACCAGCUUCGUGCUUUCUGCGUCGUUCCUUCUGAGAUUUCGUCGCUGACCCAUUUCCGUUUCAGGGAAUUGAUUUAAGUGUGACAAUGGCUACAAAAACAAAAACGAAAGCUAAUGCGGAGAUUGGUGAUGAAGGAGAGGACUUGGUUUUGGCAACAAUGGUUGCCAAUGGAGAUGAUAUUAGUCCUCUUGUCCGGCAUGCCUUCGAAAUGGGGAGGCCGGAGGGCCUCCUUCGCCAACUGAAUUAUGUGGUGAAGAAGAAAGAAGCAGAAAUAGAAGACAUGUGCAAGACACACUAUGAAGAAUUCAUCAAGGCUGUUGACGAACUUCGUGGUGUGUUGGUGGAUGCUGAAGAGCUCAAAAGCGAUCUCCAAAGUGGCAAUUUCAAGUUGCAGCAGGUUGGUACCAACCUUCUUGUCAACCUUGAGGAGCUUCUUGAAUCCUAUUCGAUCAAGCAGAACGUCACAGAGGCUAUAAUAAUGUCAAAGAACUGUAUAGAAGUGUUGGAGCUUUGUGUCAAGUGCAAUAGAAUUCCUAUCAUUAAAUGGCACAUUGAGAAGAGAGUAAACAGUCAGGUUAACGAAUGGAUGGUCCACAUACGGAGUUCUUGUAAAAACAUUGGACAAACAGCAAUCAGCCGUGCGGUUUCAGAUCGUCAGAGAGACGAGGAACUGAUGGAGAGGCAGAGAAAGGCAGAGGAUCAAAAUGUUGUGGGGGUUGAGGAGAGAGUUUACACUUUGGAUGUUGAUGAAGAUGAUGAAGAUUCUGCCAUGAAGUUUGACCUCACGCCUCUUUACCGUGCUUGUCACAUUUAUGGUUGUUUGGGGAUUCUUGAGCAGUUUCAUGUAUACUACUUCACGAAUAGAUCGGCACAAUUGAAAUCGGAUUUGGAGAUAUCUUCGUCACAAUCUUUUGUUGAAUCAUAUCAAACGUUUUUGGCUCAGAUUGUUGGGUACUUCAUAGUGGAGGAUAGGGUCCUUAGGACUGGUGGGGGACUUCUGGUCCCCGAUCAAGUCGAUAACAUGUGGGAAACUGCUAUAACUAGAUUGACUUUGCUGUUAAAUGCCCAAUUUUCCCAAAUGAAAUCUGCCACCAACCAUCUCAAGGUUAAGGAAUAUGUCACUCUUCUUUCGUGGUCUCUCCUGCAAUAUGGUUAUGAUAUAGAAUCUCUUCUUGAUGUGGUUGAUAACAAUCGCGACAAAUUUCAUCUGCUUCUUAUGGCUGAAUGCAGAGAACAAACAAUUGAGGCUCUGAAUCAUGAUACAUACGAGCUGAUGGUGAUAAAAAAGGAAAGUGAUUAUGAGAGCAAUGUUUUGUCAUUUGGUCUUCAAACUACAGACAUCAUGCCUGCUUUCCCCUAUGUUGCACCAUUCUCCUCCAUGGUACCCGAGAUGUGUCAAAUUGUGAAAUCCUUCAUCAAAAGUUGUGUUGAUUACUUGUCUUAUGGUGCGCGCGACUAUUUCUUUGAUGUCGUGAUCAGGUACUUGAACAACUUUCUGAUUGAAGUAAUAAAUGAAACAUUACUCAAUACAAUCAAUAGCAGCAAUAUCAGUGUUUCCCAUGCCAUGCAGAUAGCUGCUAACUUUACUAGUCUGGAAAGAGCUUGUGAUUUUUUCCUUAAGAAUGCGGCGCAACAAAGUGGCAUCCCACUCCGUUUUAUUGAGAAGUCUCAAAUGACUUUAUCUGCGAAAGCAGUACUGCAGACUUCUAGAGACGCCACCUACAUUACUCUACUCGGUUUGGUAAACGCAAAAAUAGACGAGUAUAUGAAUCUUACAGAAAGUGUUACUUUAUGGACUACAGAGGAGACUAAGCAGAAUGGAAAUGAAUACAUAAGUGAAUUGAUCUUGUACCUUGAUUCUCUUAUGUCGACGGCGCAACAAGUUCUUCCUUUGGAUGCCAUGUACAAAGUUGGGAUUGGUGCUCUUGAGCAUAUUAACAAUACCAUUAUCUCUGCUUUCCUUAGCGAUAGUGUUAAAAGGUUUAAUGCGACGUCUGUCAUGAAUAUCGGCGUUGAUCUCAAGUUGCUGGAGAAUUUUGCAGAUGAGAGGUUCUACUCUUCAGGGUUAGAAGGAAUGUACAAAGCAAGUAGUUUUAGAGAUUGCUUGGUAGAGUCAAAGCAAUUGAUUAAUCUUCUCUCAAGUAGUCAACCUGAGAACUUCAUGAAUCCUGUGAUAAGGGAGAAAAACUACUACGCACUUGAUUAUAAGAAGGUGUCUACCAUUUGUGACAAAUUCAAGGAUACUGCAGAUGGUAUCUUUGGAAGCCUUUCAAACAAAAAUACAAAGCAAACUGCUAAAAAGAAAUCAAUGGAAGUGCUCAAAAAGAGACUUAAGGAUUUCAAUUGAAGAUUCUUCCUUCAUUUCAAAUAGGGUAUAGUUGUAGUGCACUUCUUUUUCUGGAAG